UUCCUUCCGUUUCACGUUGUGGCGUUGUUUUUUUCCCUAAAUUUUGUCAAUGGAUUUCGAUCGCAAGUAUUUUUUCACCGAGAUGUAUCGAUCAGUUUCAGGCUCACGAGCCAAUUGGUCAUAUUCUGAAGGGGGAAGUAGCAACGCCCUGAUUGAGUACUUAACAGGCAGUGCAGAUGCGUACGCAGUUCCGUCAUCGACACACGAAGAUCCACCGCAGGGCCUGAGCCAGCAACUACAGUAGUUCUUGAAGCGACACGACUACAGCUUGCUUGAACAGUAUGACUUACCCUUCUGUGCGAUUUUUGGAACGCGGCAAAGAGUAGUUGAUCGGCCCCAUGUAGCACUGACCAUGAUAGUCAAAAUCGAAAGCAGCAGGAGACGAGGCAGAUAGAAAUAUGCUUGCCUCUGCGCCACCAUAUCACUGGACCUAGAAAGUUUAUUUUUAGCCCGGGUUUUGUGCGCAUGAAUCCUUUUCCCGUGGGGUACCAGCCCAGCCCGGAGCGGCUGGCCCGCUAUCAAAGUGAAAAAAGCCCCCACCCCAUAUCGGAAACGAAGGAUGCGCGAAUUUGUGAUGCUGUAUUUGAGUACACAAAUCGACUUGUAUUGCUAGAAGGCCAAGAGACGAAGCUGCGGCCUAAAUUGCAGGUAAUUUGUCAUGCUGUUUCCCACUUCCAGUUGCCUCCUGUCAUCCUGGAGCUGCAAGGCUUUCCCACGCUAGACAGCACUACAGUCCGCAUCUUUUGCCUUCUAGCAUCACAAAGCUGAUUUGUGCUCACAAAUCUGCAUCACAGACUUCCGCUUUAUGGGGAGGGGGGAUUUUUCCUUAUGAUACCCGCGUCCGCGACUUCAGUAGCCCCUCGCCGUAUCAAAUGUAAAAAUGUCUGGGUCUGGAAGAAAUCAAUUUGUGAUGCUGCAUUUGGAUUCCAGAAGAAUCUGUAUUGCAUGAGUACCAAAAGGAAUGUAAUUUUUGCUACGCGGAGAGGGCAUUUGUGAUGUGGAAUAGGCAUCAAGAAGCUCUCAAAAAAUCUGUGACGCUAGGGCAUGCAUCACAGACAUCAGGGCUCAUGCAAAACGUGCAUGACAAGUGUCAGAAUCUUCCAGACCCAGACAUUUUUACAGUUGAUACGCCGCAACGAACACUGAUUCCGCAGAAACAGCCGACGCAUGGAAACUUCAACCCGAACGUAAGCUACUUCGCGGUCAAGCGGCAAUGGUCGAAGGAGCGCAUUGUGCAGAAGAGAAGGUCCAAGGAGCGGAUCAAGAAUGCCAGAACGCCGUGCGGCGCCUUGGCGUUUUACUUUCUGAUGAAGUGGCAAAAUCGGUUCCCCCAUCUGUACGAGGUUUUUCUCCCGCCACGGAGCCGGCUGCUCCCGAAAGAGAAGUCCCAG